GGCCCUUCGGCGAGCAUCUCGCCGCGUGGCCGCGCUGCGUUGGCAGCAGCUCCUCGAAACCUGGCUCCGGAGCCGCAGAGACCAGGUGCUACAGGAGGCGCGGGCAAGCCGCGCGCGUGGCAAUGGUCAAGAGCAAGCGCAGGAGCUGAGACGCUUGGAUGAGGAGUGCGAAGAGCUGCGGGAGCAGAACCGCCAGGUUCUGUUGACGCUUCAGCUCCAGCAGCAGGAUCUGCAAGCGGCUUUGGCUGAGGCGAGGCGCCUCUCGGAUCGCGAAGCCGCCUAUGAAAAGGACUUGAUGCGCAUCUCCGAGCGGAGCGCGGAGCUGGGCGGGCACUCCAACCCGAAGCAGAAGAUCAAGCAUCUCAUGGCAAUCAAAGAGGAGAACCAGUCGCUCCGGCAGGAGCUGAAGCGCAGUCGCCAGACCACGGCCCAGCUGAACGGGCAGCUGCGUGCUGCUCAGUUCUUCGAUGCGAUGACCCCGUCGGAACCGCGUACGCCGGGAAGAAGACCGCCCAUGACGCCCAUGACGCCGCGAAGAGGCGAGGGUGACGACAAGGAGCAGAGGAUGGCCCGUGCGCACCGGCGCGCAUCGGAGCGAGCCGCCAAUGCGUAUCAGCACCUUUACACGCUGGUGGAGCGUGCUUUGGCCCUCGACAAGAAGGACUCGGCGUUGCCGGCAACACCCACGGCACUUCAUUCUUCUGAGCCACAGACUGCCGAGCACAACGAGCUCUACAGGCGCUUGCGGGGAUUGUCGCUGGCUUUGCGCGGCGAGGCAGAGAUCUCGGAAGGAGCUCCAUGCCUGCCGGGCGCAGGCGCGCCGCAGACGCCCCGGGCCAAAGCGGAGCCGGAGGAGGAGGCGUCGGUCUCCACGCCAGGGAGGGGCGACAAUCUGGAGUCAGACAUGUGAGAGGCAGGGCCGGCUUCUGAGAUCCCCCUCAGCAGGGUAUGUUGGAUCACCCUAGGGUUGACUAAAGCGC